AUGCACCACCAGCUCUCGGUCCUAGUAGAAGGUCCCGGCCUGACCCCGACCGCCCGCUCCCACUGGUCCUUCCUCCUCUCCACGCCCCCGCACCACCUCGGCCUGCUCCUAAACGUCGUCGUCCUCGACCACGCCACCUUAACCUACGGAUUCGAAGCCCGGAGCGGCCAUCCGGUGACCACCACCUCUAGCGAAGGGCGCGUCGUCAUCGCCGACAUCCCGGCGAACAGGUAUCGGGAGGUGGUGGAGGUGGUGAGUAGGGAGGCAGCGCCGAGGGAUGGGGUGGACCGCUGCCAAGACUGGAUCCUCAGCGCGCUUAUUAGUCUAGAAGCCGAGGAGCUGGUUCCCGCGGGCACGGCCGCGCUCGUCUCAGAGAUGGUUGGGGAGACGGCUGCGAGUGUCGCUGCGAGGCCGGGGGAGAGGUGGAUCCCCUCUGGGCCAGGUUAG